AUGCACCCAAUUCCUAUACAAGAUGUGACACUACAGUCCGGUACAACGCACGAAUUCAAUGUUGACACGGGAAGCAUGGAAUCUAUUAUUUCUACUGCAGUACUUCGCUCAAUCUGUCCCCAAGCUGAAAUCCGUCCGACAUCUGUGCGAAUCCUUGGUGUGACUGACCACAAAUUGUCAUUGAUUGAUGAGGUUUUGUUGAUUGUACAUUCCACAGAACAUCGCCUUGUUCCCAUUCGCUUCCUAAUUGCCAAAAACAGUCCAUCCAUACUUGGCUUAACCGCCAUUCGUGCAUUGAACCAUUCUGUGUCACUCCAUACAAGCUCUAUGCCCAAUGUGCACACUCGUUUACAGCGCCUGAUCGUGAAAUGUUUCAACAAUACAGGAGGCAUGGAUGUGCAGCCAGUCAAAUCGGAAGUUGGCGGAGAGCCCAUUUUCUUGAAACGACGCCUAAUCCAUUAUGGCUAA